GUUGUGUCUAUCCAAUUGCUAUUGGCUAACACUUGGUCACAUUUUUAGGGUUCCCUGUGGACGAGCCAGUGAAUGUCAGGGGAAGACCGUGGCACGAUGUCACAGAGCAUGAUGCGGAAGGCGCAGCCUUUUACUAUUGGAACCAGGCUAUCUCUGCCCAAGUGUGCGGAGUUUUCCAAUGCUGGGCCUGCUGGGGUUCCUUUGGACAGCUGUCUUCUACCACAGACUCUCAAUGAACGUGUUUCUCGGUACCUGACUCAGACUUGUCCCUCGUCCCUCAGUGUCUCUCCCCCACACAUGAAGAUGGUGCCUGCUCACAGGCUUCAUGAGGACUUUUCCGAUAAAGAUCAGCUAAUUCAGGGAUCUCUUGCCCGUUCCAUCAAAAAGAUCACCCUGUCCAGCAAAAGUGAAGACACUAUGACACAUGGCAUGGUAAGAGUGAAUGCCAGAGCUCUGACCCAAAACUGCCAUGGGAAUUUCAAUAACAACAAUAGCAGGCCUUUGAGGGAUUCUGUGCCAAGGAUACGUGGAUCUCCACAUCACCACACAGGGAGGGACUCUGUGCCAAGAAUCGGUGGAUAUCCAUGUUACCACGCAGGGAGGGAUUCUGUGCCAAUAAUCAGUGGAUCUCCAUGUCUUCACACAAGGAGGGAUUGUGUGCCAAUAAUCGGUGGAUCUCCAUGUCACCAAGCCACAAGGAAAUCCAUUGCAAGGAGUGAUGGCUCUCCUUGCAGUCAAGUGUUUAUAGAGUCUGUGACACCACUUAGUGGUUCUCCACAUCACCAGACUUUGAGAGAUGUUAGUAUGAGGACCACUGGGAAAGAGGGCCACAAGACAACCACAGAUCAGGUCAAGGUAAGCGUUUUUCUAGUUACUAAAUGUUAUUAGCAUUUAUUGGCAGAGAAAACUGAUAUAGCCUUUCAUUUUGGCAUUAUCAGCAGGCUUCUUUUCGUAAUAUCAGGUCCAAAUCAGGAGCUUGCCCUUGCACCUCACAAUCUAAUGGGCACUAUGGUAGCUCUAGAUUAAGGUAGAAGUGUUCAAAACUGUAUGAGAGUUUUACAGUACUCAUUAAGCAUGCCUUCCAUGUGGGACUUUGAUCAGGCAGAAAGUGAUAUGGUAUUAAAACAUGUCCCGUGAGAGAGGGCCAUGUAUGUAACAUACCUGAAGGGCAACCACAAACAACACACAGCUUACAUGGGGCACAUGACCCAGAAACCCCAAGUUUAAGCAGUUGUGCUUUGCAAUGCGUUCCUUUCCUAUUCGGUGAUAAAUGGGUCAGAUUGAGCAGAUCCUAGAGCGGGGAAAAUUGUCUUUUUCUCGAUUUUGGGGGUGAAUCUUAGAUUUUAACUGUAUUUCGUGUGCACCUGUCUGUAGUACCUAGUGGUUCUACAUCUGGCCUCAGCUCACCUUAUUGGGAUGAAUUACUCCAAUUAAAGACCAAACUAAUCAUAUAUGGUUGCAGAAUGUCUGUCAACCCAGGGUUUGUUUGAACCUACAGGGGGCAGAAUCCCCCCCCACAUACCCAGUUCCACCAAGAGACUUAGUGCCCUCUACACCCCCAGUGCCACUGAGACUUAGUGCCCUCCACAUACCCAGUGCCACCCACACACCCAGUGCCACUGAGAGACUUAGUGCCCUCUACACCCCCAGUGCCACCCACACACCAGUGCCACCUACACACCCAGUGCCACUGAGACUUAGUGCCCUCCACACCCCCAGUGCCCCCUAAACACUCACUGACCCCAACACCCAGUGCCCCAACACACCCAGUGCCCUCUAAACACUCACUGACCCCCACACACUCAGUGCCCCCCACACACCCAGUACUGCCCACACACCCAGUUCCCCCUAAACACUCACUGACCCCCGCACACCCAGUACUGCCCACACACCCAGUACUGCCCACACACCCAGUGCCCCCACACACCCAGUGCCCUCUAAACACUCACUGACCCCCACACACUCAGUGCCCCCCACACACCCAGUACUGCCCACACACCCAGUUCCCCCUAAACACUCACUGACCCCCGCACACCCAGUACUGCCCACACACCCAGUACUGCCCACACACCCAGUGCCCCCACACACCCAGUACUGCCCACACACUCACUGACCCCCACACACUCAGUUCCCGCCCACACACCCAGUUCCCCUUAAACACUUACUGCCCCCCACACACCCAGUACUGCCCACAAACUCAGUGCCCCUCUGCCACACCCACUCUACAAUAGCACAGAGCAGAGAAUGUGACUCUCAAACGGUUGUUUUUUAUGGAAUUUAAAGUAAUUCCAGAUAUUUUCCAGUGAUCUGUUGAGCAGCUCUAAUUAUUUUGGGAGAAUAUGAAAAACAUAAAACAUUUUUUUAACUCUGAAAAUAUACCGGGACAAAUCCACCAGAAUAUUAAUACAGUCUCUCUAAUACUAUUCAUUUAUUUAUACGUAGCCUGUCUCUUUAUACGCAGCCUGUCUCUCUUCAUACCCAGCCUGUCUCUCUUCAUACC